AUGACCUUAAAAAUGAUGGAGAAAAAUGCUGCGUUGGUGCUGGAUUUGAAGGAAGAAGUCCAACAAAGUAGUUCGAAUUAUGGUGCUGUAAAGAAAGUCAUCGUCUAUGAUGUACCAUUAACGCGGCUGCCUUUCAUUCGUUCCAACAACGGAGCUGCUUGUUGUACUAGACUCUCGCUUGGAAGAAACUAUAUAGGUUUACGACAUUUUGUUAGCUAUUUGCUCACUCUCACAACUCUGUUCUCCAGUGUGUUGUACAAUUCGGACAGGAGUCGUCUGUGAAGAACUUUACUUUUCAAUGUGUGAUACCAUAUUGCAGUCACUCAUUUAUUGUUUCACUUGAUAUCAUUUGUUUAUGCUUGAAUGGUUUAUGUUGACUGCAUGGGACUUUGUAAUUCAAUAUAUUUAUUAUUUAAUAAAGUAACAGAUCUAUAAGCAACAAUGAAUGAUAAAUGAUCACAAAUGAUGCGGAUGGAAAGACAACGACU